UGGGAGCCGGUACUGAGGCCCGAGCCGCGGGAGCCGAGCGAAGGCAGCGCCGAGGCCGCAGUUCCCCCUUGGGCCUCCCCAGCAGCAGCCAUGGGCAUCAAAUUUUUAGAAGUUAUCAAACCGUUCUGUGCAGUUCUACCAGAAAUUCAGAAACCGGAAAGGAAAAUCCAGUUUAGAGAGAAGGUUCUAUGGACUGCUAUAACGCUCUUCAUUUUCUUAGUAUGUUGUCAGAUCCCUCUGUUUGGAAUCAUGUCGUCAGAUUCUGCAGAUCCUUUCUACUGGAUGAGAGUUAUUCUGGCUUCCAAUAGAGGAACUUUAAUGGAAUUGGGUAUCUCCCCAAUUGUAACAUCUGGUUUGAUUAUGCAGUUGUUAGCUGGAGCCAAAAUCAUUGAAGUGGGAGAUACACCGAAAGAUAGAGCUUUAUUCAAUGGAGCCCAGAAAUUGUUUGGUAUGAUCAUUACCAUCGGGCAAGCCAUUGUGUAUGUCAUGACGGGGAUGUACGGGGACCCUGCGGAAAUGGGUGCCGGGAUCUGUCUCCUUAUCAUUAUUCAGUUGUUUGUUGCUGGUUUGAUUGUGCUGCUGUUAGAUGAGCUGCUACAGAAGGGUUACGGCUUGGGGUCUGGGAUUUCCCUCUUUAUUGCCACCAACAUCUGUGAGACCAUUGUCUGGAAGGCCUUUAGUCCCACUACCAUUAACACUGGCAGAGGUACUGAGUUCGAGGGCGCAGUCAUAGCUCUGUUCCAUUUGUUGGCCACCAGGACGGACAAAGUCCGAGCUUUACGGGAGGCUUUUUACCGGCAGAACUUACCCAAUCUCAUGAACCUCAUUGCUACAGUUUUUGUGUUUGCUGUUGUUAUAUAUUUCCAAGGAUUUCGCGUUGACUUGCCCAUUAAAUCGGCCCGCUACCGAGGACAGUACAGCAGCUACCCCAUCAAACUCUUCUACACCUCCAACAUCCCCAUCAUCCUCCAGUCGGCCUUGGUGUCAAACCUGUAUGUUAUUUCCCAGAUGCUGUCUGUUCGAUUUAGUGGCAACUUUUUAGUAAAUUUACUAGGACAGUGGGCCGAUGUCAGUGGGGGAGGACCUGCACGUUCUUACCCAGUUGGAGGCCUGUGUUACUAUCUUUCUCCUCCCGAGUCCAUGGGCGCCAUCUUUGAGGAUCCCGUCCAUGUCGUUGUUUAUAUCAUCUUCAUGUUGGGAUCAUGCGCAUUUUUCUCUAAGACAUGGAUUGAAGUGUCUGGCUCCUCAGCCAAAGAUGUAGCUAAACAGCUGAAAGAACAGCAGAUGGUAAUGAGGGGCCACCGGGAUACCUCUAUGGUUCAUGAGCUUAAUAGGUACAUCCCCACCGCGGCUGCGUUUGGCGGUUUGUGCAUCGGUGCCCUGUCGGUGCUGGCCGACUUCCUGGGGGCCAUUGGGUCCGGCACUGGAAUCCUGCUGGCAGUCACUAUUAUUUAUCAGUAUUUUGAAAUCUUUGUGAAAGAACAGGCCGAAGUUGGUGGCAUGGGUGCUUUGUUUUUCUGAAUGUUCAGAGACUUCAUUCUGUGCGUGUGAAAGGGAGAACAUCUGGACGGAUCGCUUUUGUCAGAUGACACUGGUGAUUCCCCUUUUCUCCCCUCAGUUUCUUGUUUCAAGUGCUGGCUGACCCGUCUCUGACAUGGGCACCGAGCUAAGUGUGUGUGCAGCAUUAGUACCCGCUGCCUUAAAACUCAAGUUUACAUUAUUCAUUUAAAAAAAGUACAUCUAGUGUUGCCUGUAAUGCUGGAAACCAAUGUAUCUACCUUGCUGUGUUAAAUCAUGACAGUGAGAUGGUGACAUGGAUUCGUUUUGCACAUAACAUUCAAAACACUUAAUAUUGCCCCCACUUGUUUAAAAAUAAAUGUAGUUCAAAUUGCCACUUUCCAGUAUUUUUGAGCUUAUUUAAUGAGUUCUGGAACAUUUAUAUCUAAUCUAUAUUUUAGAUAAUUACUUUUUAUACUUUUUUAACUCAUGGUAUCCCUACUCCCCACCCCACCUCAUUUUUAUUUGUCCCUUCUCAAAGCAGCCACUUAGCCCACAUGGGCAAAAUCAAGUGUCCAGUUAUUUCUGUCACUAGAAACAACUGCUUCUAAGGCUCCUCCACCUCC